AUGCAGGUAUCUAUUGGUACACACAAUCUGGGUGUGGUCGAAGCUUCAGUGGCCGACACUGCGGACUAUGACCUCAUCCUGGGGUUCACUGAGCUACGGAGGCUCAAACCCACCAUACAAUGGGAUACGGGCCAGCUGGAGUUCAAGACUCAGGAGCAGGACCGACCCCCUAGGAGACCCCCUGAAGCAGCAAGAGCAGGGGACCUAACCAUGAGGAGACCAACCCUUCAUGGUAACGAGUUUGUCUCAGCAGAGCGCAUACUACGAGCAGCUCUGGAAGAUGGACCCAUAGGAUUCAUGCUGUUGGAGGAGCCACCAUCAUCACUCCCGGCCUUUGGUUUUGUACCUACAGGCACAGACAAAGGAGUUGAGAUGGAGGUGGAGGUAGACAAGGUGGUGACGGCUGCAGACAUACCAAAGCCAUACCAACACCUGCGAGAUGUGUUUGAUGAGGUGGAAGCAGAUAAGCUGCCCCAUCAUACCGAGCAUGAUCUCCACCUCAAGUUGAUAGAAGGAGGUAAGCCACCUCAAGGGCCCCUAUACCUUAAGGGACCCAAGGAGAUGUCCGAGUUGAGGAGGUACUUGGAUGAGAACCUCAAGAAGGGGUUCAUAAGACCAUCGAAGAGCCCAGCACAAUCACCAGUGCUCUUCGUACCAAAGAAGGAUGGAGGUCUCAGACUCUGUGUGGACUACAGAGGUCUCAACGAGAUCACUGUCAAGAACAGGGCACCAUUGCCCCUCAUCGAGGAGCAGCUGUUCUUACUCAGGAAGGCAAGGAUCUAUACCAAGCUAGACCUUAGAGCAGCAUACAACCUCAUCCGGAUUGCUAAAGGAGAUGAAUGGAAGACAGCUUUUGGCACUCAGUUGGGACUCUAUGAGUACCUAGUGAUGCCCUUUGGCCUAGCCAAUGCUCCGGCUCACUUCCAGUCAUUCAUCAAUGACAUCUUCCGAGACAUCAUUGGGAUAUAUGUGGUAGUAUACCUAGAUGACUUCCUGAUCUUCAGUGACACUGAAGAAGCACAUGUGAAGCAUGUCACUGAGGUCCUCACUCGCUUAAGGAGCAACAGGCUCUUUGCUAAGCUGUCGAAGUGUGAGUUCCACACCAAGACAGUCGAGUUCCUGGGGUACAUCAUCAAGCCAACGGGCAUAGAGAUGGACCCAGAAAAGGUGCGCACUGUCAAGGAGUGGCCAAUGCUGGAGUCAAUCCAUGACAUCCAGAGGUUCCUGGGUUUUGCCAACUUCUAUCGAAGGUUCAUAGCCCACUUUGCUCGCAUAGCCAAGCCCUUGACAGCACUGGUAAAGCCUAUAGAACGGUUCAAGAAGUUCGAGCUACCAGAGGAGGCCCAACAGGCCUUCCACAAGCUCAUCCAGGCCUUCACAUCAGCAGGAGUGCUUCAGCACUUCGACUACCACCUUCCAACAAGGUUGGAGACUGAUGCAAGUGACUUUGCUAUAGCAGGAGUACUCAAGCAGGAGCAUGAAGGACGAUGGCAUCCAGUGGCCUUCUACUCUAGGAAGAUGCCUUCUGCCGAGAAGAACUAUGAAAUCCAUGACAAGGAGCUCCUAGCUGUGUAUCGACCAGGAGACAAAGGUGGUGAGCCCGAUGCUCUCACCAGAAGGACAGACAUGCAACCAGCUGGUGAAGAGCAGGAUCACAAUGUGAGGCAACUACUGCCUCCUCGAGUGUUCAAGGAGACAACAGACCAUGACUCAAUCCUAGUGGCCCCCAUGGUCUCGAUGGAGUCCAUAGCAUCAAAGGGUCUCAGAGACCUGGUCAAGAUCUUCCAGCCCUUAGACCAAGAGCUACAGGAGAUACAUAGGAAGAAGCCCUUCGAGGUCAGGGACGACCUAUGGUACAGUGGAGGAAGGUUGGUUAUCCCCAAAGUGAUCAUGCCAGGGAAGACCAACAACCGACACUCAAGGAGUGCCAAAGAGGUAGAUGGACAGUCUCUCUCUGUAGAGCAUCUGCGAUUCAUGGUGAUGACCCAAUGCCAUGAUGGUAUUACUGCUGGACAUGUGGGAAGAGAUGCUACCAUCAAGGCAGCUCAACGACAUUACUGGUGGCCAAACAUGACAGCUUGGAUUGCAGACUAUGUAGCAAGUUGUCCUGUAUGUGCUAGGUACAAAGCUCCUCAUCAUCGUCCAUAUGGUUUGCUACAGCCACUAGCAACACCAGACAGGCCCUGGGGCUCCAUAUCCCUCGACUUCAUUGAAGGACUACCACCAUCGAAGAAGUAUGACUCCAAGACUUAUGACUCUAUCUUAGUCAUUGUCGACAGGUUGACCAAGUUUGCCAUACUAGCUCCAACCCAUAAGACAGUCACGGCCAAACAGACUGCAGUAUUGCUAUAUGGACACAUGGUUAGACUCUUCGGAUAUCCAGAUCACAUGGUCUCGGACCGAGGCAGGCAGUUCAUAUCAGGAGCAUGGAAGGCAUUUGCAGAGCAAAUGGGUGUGAAGCACUCACUUAGUACAGCUUACCAUCCUCAAACUGAUGGUCAGACAGAGAGAGUCAAUCAGGUCAUAGAGCAAUACCUCAGGAUGUACUGUAACUAUGAGCAGAAUGACUGGGCCGACCUGCUGGACACUGCAGCCUUUGUAUACAACAACAUGGUCCACAACAGCAUUGGUGUCUCACCAUUCUUUGCAUGCUAUGGAUGGAACCCCAAAGCUCAUCCUGACAUCCCUCAACAACUAGGAGUCAAUGAUCCAGGUCGCUUCGAGUACCUCAUGGAUGGAAAGGAGCAUUGCAAGUACCUCCAGGAGCAGAUCAGAGAGGCACAACGGAGAUCAGUAGACCAGUAUAACAGGAAGCACAAGGACAUUGAGUUUAAGGUGGGUGAUAUGGUCUAUAUCAACCGUCGAAACUGGAAGACACGGAGACCCACACCCAAGUUAGAUACCCGGUUUGCAGGACCCUACCCAGUUCAGGAACGGGUAGGACGCCGAGCUUAUCGAAUCACAUUGCCAGCAAACCUUAGGGUGCAUGAUGUGUUCCAUGUCUCCAUGCUCAAGCCAGCAAGAACAAGUUCUCUUCCUCAACUUGCUGAACAGCCCACCAUACCAUCACUUCCAGAUGAGGACCUCAACUUCGAAGUCGAAGCACUCAUCGACAAGCGUUCACACAAUGGGACUACAGAGUACAAGGUGUUGUGGAGAGGGUACUCAGAGGAAGCUGCUUCAUGGGAACCAGUAGAGAACCUCAACUGUCCCGACCUCAUCCAGGAGUAUGAGGUGUCGGAGGGGGGACGAGUGAGUAGACAAAGUAGAGAAAGGGGGAGAGAACAGGAGGAGAAGAGAGAGGAAGAGGAAGGAGGAUGA